CCCGGAUACGAGGACGUGGACCUGCGGCUGAAGUGGCCCAAUGACAUCUACUACAGUGACCUGAUGAAGCUGGGCGGGGUUCUGGUGAACUCCAGCCUGACGGGUCAGAGCUUCCGGCUUCUGAUCGGCUGCGGCUUCAACGUGAGCAACAGCAACCCGACGGUCUGCAUCAACGACCUGGUGCGUCAGCAGAACCGCGAGCAGAACCGCAGUCUGGAGCCGCUGGAGCCGGAGCAGCUCAUCGCCCGGGCCGUCACACUGCUGGAGCGCUUCGUCUCGGACUUCCAGCUGCGCGGGUCAGACACACUGCUGCCGCUCUACUACAGCCGCUGGGUGCACGGGGGCACGCGUGUGCGUCUGUGGAGUGAGGACGGGCCGGAGGCCGAGGUUCUGGGUCUGGAUGAGAGCGGUUUUCUGCAGGUGUCGACAGGAGAUCAGAUCGUGACGCUGCAGCCGGACGGAAACUCCUUCGACAUGAUGAAGAACCUCGUGGUGAUCAAGAGCAGAUGAAGAGCAGAGGAAGACUCACACAGAGGAAGAGCAGAGGAAGA